CACGAACCGGCAGCUCCGGGCUCCACAAGGCGCGGCGCAUAUCGCCACCGCGCGACCAGUGCGGGGAACUGAAGGGCGCUGCUCCAUCCUGCACCGAGCGGAGCACACACGGGGCGGGGGAUAAAGCAGCGAAUCGAAUCCAGGCGGUUCCCGUUGAGUUCCGUGCCCGAGUGACACCGUGUCCAUCGGGGAGCAACGGCAGCGGUAAUGGGACUGAGGGCAGCAGGGCAGCACGGAGCACAGUGAGGGCUCAGGGGCUGUGCAGUGCACCACAAGCACUGCUGUGAGCUUUGGGCUCACACAAACCAACCCUGCCCCUCUUUUUGUGCCAUUACAGCCAGGCCUCAAGGCCUCAGGCUCAGCCCAGAGAUGGAUCCAUCAGCCCAGCGCUGCAAAGAGUUCUACAAGGCAAGGAGUCAGCCUGCAUGUGUUUGAUGUACACAUAGCUCAUGCUCUGCGGCUCAGAGCAGAUAUUCCUAUUUCUUGCCAAGUUUCAGACAUACAGCAGGAGAGACCAACGACCUACAUGUGUUUCUUGGCAGGUUAAAGGCCUCAGCCGUGAGCACACAGGCCCCUGUCCCUCCUGGGGGCAUCUAUAUGUUAAUUGUAACAUAAUGUGACUCAAAACUUGGAAAAUUUUGCCCUGAAAAUCUGCUGAGCCCGCAGCAUUUCUCACUGCACAACACGGAGCUGUGCUCACCACGCUGCAUUGAGACGGGCCGGGCGCUUUGCUGGGAGUGAUGCCCCCAUUUCUCAGUUACCCACUUUUGAAUUAAGCAGCAUCUUCCUCUGAACCCACAACAGUGCAGGAGGAGAGGAAGGGAGCAGCAGCACGGAUCUCCCUGCAGAAGCAAUGGAGGGAAGGAUGCACACACUGUGAGGUCUGGGUGCUGCAUCACCUCCCUGUCCUCCUCGGCUGCAUUCAACACCGCAAACCCUCCCAUAUCCCACAGCCGAAAAACAACAGAAACAACAGCGAGCAAGGUGAAGUGAUUUUAAUCAACAGUCCAAAAGAAAACAAUAGGAUUCUGAACAGGCAUCGGACAUGGGCUCAUCGUUUAAUUCCCAUUAUACCUCACACGCAGCCCCUUUUAUUUGCUAAGGCCGGAUCCUGAAGCCAUCACUCCGGAGCAGCACAAAGCCUCCACGUGGGACCUUCAGAUCGGCACCGACGGCUCCUUUUGUUCCUUCGGACGGGAUGGCGCAAACCUGCGAUUAGAGCAGAUACAGGAGUUAACACGAGAAGUAUCCACCCCUUCCUUACCAGCUUCAUCCCCCGCCCUCCGUUUUCAAUCGAAAGACGAGCCGAGCUCGGAGCAUUGUCCGCAUCCCAUCCAGGAGCAGCUCCACCCGGAGCCCCCCACUCUCGGCACACGGAGGCUGCCGACCCCCGGCUCUCCAUGGCCAGAACGGCCCGUCGGGCCGGGGCUGCCCGGCAGCUCGCUGCUCUUCCAGCGGCAUAACACCGCCCGCGCACUGCAGCGGGGGAGGCUGACUACCGCUGGGUGCUGCGGGACACAAGAACACACGGCCAUAACACAGCCCGCAUCCUCACCUCGUGCUCACCCGCACCGAAGAGGCCGAGCCCCGCCGCGCAGCCCGGGUGGUUCCGCAGGCGCCGCCCCUCCAGGCGGGUCCGGGUCCGGGCCGCUCCCCCAGGCGGGGCAGCCGCUGUUGGGCUGUGAUGUAUCUGUGCAUUGACUCGAGGCUGUGGGAGCCCUUUAACAUCACUGCGGUGCUGUCUGUGCUGCGCGGAGUUCAGGCUUUGUGUAGACUUUUGCUCUUGUGAAGGUUGGCGAUGCUUCCGUUUGUGCCAGCUUCAAUCUCUGAUCUGCCUUGAAACAAAGCGUCUCGACUCGUCAAUCCCUGACACCGCACUUGUGGGAGAGAAAGAGAACGUACUUAGCUUCUACCAGGCUGAGAUGAACAACAGGCCCAGCGAGUGCUUCGGUAUCAAAGAAUAAUGAGAUGUUUGCUGACAUCGGCUGUAGCUGAAAUCCUGCCUGGGAGAGGAGGAAGGACAGCACAAUUAAGCAGAUGAAACCUCUGUGAAAGCUCUUGGCAGCCGAUCAGCGCAGGCAGGCAGAGCUGUGCACAGAGCAGCUCAGGACCUGCUGCCCUGCCAGGCGCUGUUUGCACUCACUGCAGUUGUACUCGGCUCGGCAUGCUGUGCUUGGCAGGGCUGCUGCGGCACAGCUUCCAAGGAAGGCAGUGCUGGGCUCAGGAUGUCCCAGGAUCAUUCUCUCAGCAGCCAGAAGGGCUGUGGUAGGUGUAGGGGACAUGUCUGCCAGGAAGCUGUGACUUGAUUGGAUACCCAAGGCAGAGCUGACGUGCUUCACUUGGCACAACAGCUUUUAUCCAAGUUCAUAAGUGAUGUGUGAGCGUGUGCUUGAGCCUGCCUCACUGCAUGAGAUGAAACAAUGCUCCGUGCCCAAUUACUAGAUAGGAAAGCUGUGCAGGAGCUCAAGGAAAGCCUGUGUUGUGAAAUUAGAGGGUGUUCCUGACACUGAGAGUCACUGACUUCUGGUAUUUGGCAUUUGGAAAGCUUUUGAAGCAUCUCCUUGGUGCUGCUGGAAACAUCUUAAGGUUAUGAGUAUUGUCCCCACUCUGCACUCAUGAAUUAUAUGGGUUGAAACUGGAACAGUCUUAAGCAGCCUGUGCAGGGCUUGGCAGGGCUCGUUGUCCAGGCUGCAAGAAGAGAUCACAAAGUGCCCUCUGUGUUUGCAAUCACUUGUCCCUCCAUCACUGUAGCUUUACAUCAGCCCUGGUGAUAACCCUGGAUUUUCUACCCUGGAGCACAGCUGAGAACUGUUGUUCAGGCCCUUUCCAGUGACCAUCCCAUUUGGUUUGUGUGCAGCUGGGGUGAUGUGCACCACUGGCAGCACAUGCUGGGAGGAUCUCUCCCAAGUGCAAUGGCAGUGGGCAAUGAGUGAUGAGAAAACCCCAUGGAGGCACCUCAAAGACCAAGGGCUCCAUCUCCACCAUGGGCUGUGUCGGCCUGUGGUGCAGCCCUGUGGAGUUCUGGCACCGUGUCCUCUUGCUGAGAUAUUUGAGGAGUAGGAUGGGGAAAGUUAAUGAGUUGUGAGCCUCAGUGCUAACUGAGAGCACCUAACGCUCCUCACCUUGAGCACCAGUGAUCCUCCACCAGUGCUGAAGCAUCUCAGCAUUCAGGUUGGUGUGGAUGCUUACAACAAAGCUGACCUCACUGAACUCUCUGGCUUCAAUCAGGGAAGAAAAGUGCCUUUACUGCUUGAAUGUGGCACUGUUUCCUUCCACGCUGAAAGAGAAAAUUAGUCCUCAGUACCUAAAGAGAGACCUAAAUCAAAUUCCUCAGCCUGGAAGAAAUUGCUUUCUUAGCCAGAGAAUUGAACUAGAAGGAUAAAUAUUAAUGAAAUGAAUCAUUUUCACUCUCUCAAAGCAGGAGUAGGGACUUCUCUGUCAGAGAUGGAUUUCCUCUUAGCCCCAAACUUGUUGAACAGGGGCACUCCUGGGCUUUCCAGCUGCCUGAACAAGAGCCACGUGCUUCAUUAAGCUCCACAGAGGGGACCCUGCCGUCUCCACUAUAAUCACAAGGUGGCAUUACAGACUUAAAAGCAGAGCUGGCUCUGCUGAGGGGCUGGAGAUCUUUCCCAGACCCCGGGGUGUUCAACCCCAGAAGGCCUCUAAAGGAGCUGUGGACUUAACCCUGCCUGCUGAGCUUCCCAUAGAUCCGAGCCUCUGACACUUGCUUUUAAUCAUGUCACUUUAAUGUCAAGACUGUAGUUUAAUCGCGCAGCAUGUGCAAUGAAUAGCUGCAGCGGUUGCUCCUGUAAUCCAUGAGCAAUCUAAUUGCACUGAUUUAAGCGAGUUACAGUUUUGACAGUUAAUGGCACACGCAGCAUUUUCAUCUUGACCUGCAACACCUCGGGCUCUUCGCUGCCUCCUCUGCCCUGGAGCAGACGCUGCUGAUCAGACCAAAUGCUGAAGCAGUUAAAGAUGUGGCUAAAGAAAGGCAACAGUGAACCGUAAGUAAAAGGCCAUGAAUGAAAAGGAUGAAUAGAAUCAAACCUGGUCAGAACUCUGAGGAUCACUCCGUGACAUUUUCUCCCCUUGCAACAAGGAGUCAUUGACAGCUACCCCUGGAGUGGAUGCGUGGGUGGGUGGCAAUGUCUCACUGGGCUGGUCUCCUCUGCACUGCUGCCAAAGUCAGCCUCCUGCUCCUACUGGUUUCUGCAGUGUUUUUCCAGUCAAGCCUAAGCGACAGAGUUCCCGAAUUUGCCCUUACAAAAAUAGAAGAGAGCGACAUAAAAGAUGACAGCGGGAAAGAGCCAAUAACAGAUGAUGAUGCUGAUCCCGAGGACCUGGAAGUGUUUUACCCGACACAUCAGUGGCAAGCUGUCCGUCCAGGUCAAGCUGUUCCUGCAGGGUCACACGUUCGGUUAAAUCUGCAGACGGGAGAGAGAGAAGCCCGGCUUCCAGACAGUGAAAGUGGGAAAAGUGAUGCAAAAGAAGAGAAGAGAAGAAGAAGGCUGAACAAGAUGGAUAUUGACACAAAUUCAUUCACAUCCCAGGAGCUCAAAAAGGCAUUGGCGAAAAUGAAGGAAAAUGAGAAAGCAGAAAGAACGGCCCACGAAGAAGAAGUAAGGAAGAAGUUCCGUCCCAUAGAGCAACUGAAGGAAGAGUUUGAAAAGCUGAACGUGAAGAUGGAGACGGAUUAUGAAAUCAUGGAUAAACUGAUCAGCAAAUUUAACAGCUCCGCUUCCACGCUGGAUGAAAAAGUAGCGGCACUUUAUGAUCUUGAAUAUUAUGUUCACCAGGUGGACAACGCGAAGGAUUUCCUCUCCAUGGGCGGAUUGCGGCUGGUGAUCGAGGGCCUGAACAGCACGGAGGCUGUCCUGAAGGAGCACGCUGCCUUUGUGCUGGGAGCUGCGCUCUCCAGCAACCCCAAAGUCCAGGUAGAAGCAAUUGAAGGAGGAGCGCUGCAGAAGCUGCUGGUCAUUGUGGCUACGGAACAACCACAGGCUGUCAAGAAGAAGGCACUCUUUGCUCUCUCCUCGCUGCUGAGGCACUUCCCCUACGCCCAGCAGCAGUUCCUCAAGCUGGGCGGCCUCCAGGUGCUGCGUGGGCUCUUCAGGCAGCCGGGGACCUCAGCGCUGUGUGUCCGCGCCGUGACGCUGCUCUACGACCUCAUUGUGGAGAAGAUGCUGCUGGAGGACUCUCAGCACAGCGACCACAUGGAGAAGGUGCAGCAGUACCGGCGGGUGCAGCUGGUGCCGGCGGUGCUGGAGCAGGACUGGUGUGUGGCUGUGCCGGGGCUGCUGGCUCUGCCGGAGCAUGAUGCACGCGAGAAGGUGCUAAAGGCCGUGUCGGUGCUGAUGGAGCUGUGCAGGGAGCGGUUCCGCGGGGACACGGCGCUCAGUGCCACGCUGGGGAUGCUGCGCAGUGAGUACGAGGAGCUGGCAGCUGCUGAGCGCAGGGAUGGCGAUGGGGACGGGUACUUCCAGGAGCUGCUGGGCGCUGUGAACAGCAUCGUGCGGGAGCUGAGCUGAGCUGAGGAUGGAGCUUGGAUGGGUCGGGACAAUGGUGUGAUGUGUGCUGGGCUGUGUCAGUGCACCGGGAAUAAAUGGCUGAGCUAAGGGA